UUCGACUUUAAAGCAAUUGCUAUAUAAAGUGGCAGUACAUCACACGAGCAUCAUAAGUCACUCGGCUACUGGUCAUUACCCACUCAAAUGAUUUCAACAAAGUACCUGAUCGUCCUGUGCUGCGUGGCGGCAGCUGUGGCCCGCCCCAGCGACAAAUACACCGACAAGUAUGACAACCUCAACAUCCAGGAGAUCUUGGAGAACAAGCGUCUCUUGAAGGCGUACGUUGACUGCGUGAUGGGCCAGGGCAAGUGCAGCCCCGAUGGAAAGGAAUUGAAAGAGCAUCUGCAAGAAGCCAUCGAGACUGGCUGUGCCAAGUGUACCGAAGCUCAAGAGAAGGGCGCGUACACCGCCAUCGAGUAUCUGAUCAAGAACGAACUUGACAUCUGGAAGCAGCUUUCGGCCAAGUUCGACCCUGAAGGCAAGUGGAGGAAGACCUACGAGGACCGCGCCAGGGCCAACGGAAUCGUGAUACCGGAGAUGCGUCGCGUCAUAAUUUUGUUAGCAGUAGUAGCGCUGGUGACGCAAUCAUUUGCUGAGGAAGGAACAGAGAAAAAAGAAGAUAAGAAAGAAGAAAAGAAAGAAGAACAGACUGACGAAAAGAAGUACACUGAUCGAUUCGAUGACAUCAAUAUUGAAGAAAUCAUCGCAAAUAGAAGGCUGUUAGUACCGUACCUCAAGUGUGUUCUGGACAAAGGCCGGUGUACUCCUGAAGGAAAGGAGCUGAAAGCUCACGUGAAAGACGCUAUGCAGACCGCAUGCGAGAAAUGUACAGACAAGCAGAAAACUGGUGCCAGGAAGGUGGUGAACCACAUCCGUGACAACGAGAAGGAGUACUGGGAAGAACUCAUCAACAAGUAUGACCCUAAGGGCGAGUUCAAGAGCAUCUACGAACCCUUCCUGGCUGCUAAAGAAUAAGGGACAAUGAUCAAAAAUAGAAGAAUUUAUGAUUUGUGAUAGAUUUUUAUCUAUAAUACUUUGCUCAAAUUCUUUUUCGAUCAUAUAAGUCUAUUUUAACUUUAUUCUUGCAUUUCAAUGUAUCAAUUUUAUAAAAUGUUAUUUAAAAAAUCUACAAACCACAAAUAAAUCAUUUCUUUAAA